GAACUGGUGCACAUGGACCUCGUAGGACCUUUUCCAGUCCGAGGAAGUAAGGGGGAAAGGUACUUCCUGACAAUAGUUGAUGACUGGAGUCGGCUGAUGUGGGCAUACCCGUUGAAGCAGAAGGAUCAUGCUGCCUCAACAAUACGAGAUGAUUGGCUGCCGUUCGUCGAGCGACAAUCUGGGCACCCAUGCAAGAGCAUCAGAACCGACCGAGGUGGAGAGUUUCUAGGAGGAGAUCUGACUGCGUGGGCUCAAGAAACAAGGCAUUGAGCAUCAGCUAACGACGUCCUAUACCCCUCAGUCAAAUGGCGUUGC